AUGAAAUUAUUACAACAAAUUGCACUCCUUAGUGUUGGUAUUUUAAUUAAUAUUAUUCUCAUUUUACCAUUAUUAUUAUUCAUUUGGAGGUUUAUUAUUCGUAGAAUUAUUCAUCCUAACCCUAUACAAAAAUAUCAUGCAAAAAAUAGUUUUGCUCUUAUCACUGGAGCUUCUGAAGGUGUUGGAAAGUCAUUUGCUGAAAGGUUAGCUAAAGAAGGAUUUAACCUUAUUUUAAUUGCAAGAAGAACUGAAUUAUUGAAUGAAAUAAAAACAGAAUUAGAGUCAAAAUAUAAAAUUCAAGUAAUAAUUUUAACAAUUAAUUUAUAUCAAAUAAAUGAAGUUCAUUGGAAAUUGAUUGAUAAUUUAUUAGAAGAAAAUAAUGUUACUGUUUUAAUUAAUAAUGUUAGUCGCUCUAUUAAAGGAAUAUUUACAGAUAUUCCUUUAGAAGAAACUAAUAAUAUGAUUAAAUUAAACAUUGAAAUUACUUCUCAAAUAACUCAUCUUUUUAUUCGUCAUUCAAUUAAAAAUGCUAAAAAUCUUAUUGUUUUUAUGUCUAGUUGUACAUCUAAAACUCCUGCACCUUACAGCGCUAUUUAUGCAUCGACAAAACAAUUUAUAUUUCAAUUAAGUAGAAGUAUUUCUUAUGAAUAUUCUAAUAUUGAUUGUACUGUCUUUAGACCUUGGCAUAUUUCAACUGAAAUGAUUGGUAAAAUGCCACCUUCACUUUCUGUUUGUACUCCUGACCAAUUUGUUGAUUCUGCAUUGAUCCAUGUUGGUUUGACUCGUGUUAUUGAUCCUUAUUGGUUCCAUUAUUUUGAAGAUUGGAGUUAUGACCGUCUUCCUGAAGAUAUUAAAUCUAGUCUUAUAAUAAAUGAAUUUAAAAGGUUUAAAGAAUUAAGAAAAAGAAAUAAUAUUCUUUAA